UGUAGGUUAAAUAUGAGCGAACGGUGAAAACAGUUUGUACUCGUUUGAUUUAUAAACAAAAUCUCGAAAAUCGGUUAAAGAGAAGGUAUACAGUGCAUAGAAAGACGACGUCGAGCGACGAAAGAUGGGUGUACCUGCAUUUUUUCGGUGGUUGAGUAGAAAGUACCCUUCCGUGAUCGUCGAAUGCAUCGAACAGAAGCCAAUAACUACCAAUGGCGUGCGGGUCCCUGUGAAUUCAGCGGAUCCAAAUCCAAAUGGAGUGGAGUUUGAUAAUUUGUAUCUUGAUAUGAAUGGUAUUAUACAUCCUUGUACCCAUCCAGAGGAUAAGCCAGCGCCAAAAAAUGAAGACGAAAUGAUGGAAGCUAUUUUUGAAUGCAUCGAUCGCCUUUUCCGCAUUGUGAGGCCUAGAAAAUUACUUUAUAUGGCCAUAGAUGGGGUUGCGCCCAGAGCCAAAAUGAAUCAGCAGAGAUCAAGGCGUUUUAGAGCAUCAAAAGAAACAUGUGAGAAAAUUAACGAGAUAAGCAGAAUACGUUCCGAAUUGACUCUCAAGGGGGCCUCUUUGCCACCAGAGAAACCGAAAGAGGACCAUUUCGAUAGUAACUGCAUUACACCGGGCACACCGUUUAUGGCAAGAUUAUCGAAUUGCUUGCAUUAUUAUGUACACGAUCGUUUAAACAAUGAUCCGGGUUGGAGAAAUAUAAAAGUAAUUUUAAGCGAUGCGAACGUACCCGGCGAAGGCGAACAUAAGAUAAUGGAUUUUAUACGUAGACAAAGAGCCCAACCCGAUCACGAUCCCAAUACGCAACACGUUCUGUGCGGAGCUGACGCUGAUUUAAUUAUGCUGGGUCUCGCAACUCACGAGCCGAAUUUCACUAUUAUUCGCGAGGAAUUUAAGCCGAAUAAACCCAAACCAUGCGACAUAUGCGGCCAAUUGGGGCACGACAUGAAGGAGUGUACGGGUUCGGAGGCUCCUCAGAAAGAGGAAGACAAUGUUUUUGGAUCCGAGUGCCAGUUCAUAUUUGUGCGAUUAAAUGUACUCAGGGAAUACUUGGAGAGAGAGUUGCAGAUGCCUAAUCUACCAUUCAAGUACGACUUUGAGCGAGCUAUAGAUGAUUGGGUGUUCAUGUGUUUCUUCGUAGGAAAUGAUUUUCUGCCCCACCUGCCGUCGUUGGAGAUCAGGGAAGGGGCGAUCGAUAGACUUGUUAAUUUGUACAAGAAAAUAGUGUACAAAACAGGGGGAUUCUUGACUGAUAGCGGGGACGUGAAUUUGGACAGAGUUCAAAUGAUAAUGUCCGAGCUUGGUGACGUCGAGGACGAAAUUUUCAAGAAGAGGCAGCAAAAUGAAUUGGCUUUCAGGCAGCGUGAAAAGGACAAGAAAAAAAGGAUGCUGGCGAUCAGCAAUUAUAAACCAAAAUGGAUUCCUGCCGGGCAGUUUGCACCUACACCCAUAGGCGAGCGCGUUAAGCCAGUGGAGAACGCACGUUACGAAGCUUAUCAGAUGCGUGUUCAAGGCAGAAAUUUUAGCACCGCAACUGAACACACAAAAGGAAACGCUAAUGAAGCUCUAGAGAGCAUGAUUCGUCCUGAGAAUUCAUCCAACAGAGGACAGAGACGUACUAUCGACGACGUUGAGAAGGAUGAUUUAGAGGAUGAUCAAGCUCACGACGAAGUCAGAUUAUGGGAAGAUGGUUUCAAAGAUAGAUACUACGAAUCGAAAUUCGACGUAUCAGCAGACAACUUGCAGUUCAGAAAUAAUGUCGCUCUGCAAUACGUGCGCGGUUUGUGUUGGGUUUUACGAUAUUAUUAUCAAGGCUGCGCGUCAUGGAAAUGGUACUUUCCGUACCACUAUGCCCCGUUUGCUAGUGACUUCAUCAAUAUCGGUGGUUUGUCCACAGAGUUUGAAAAAGGAACGACACCGUUUCGUCCACUGGAACAAUUAAUGGGCGUGUUUCCAGCAGCCAGCAGCAAACACGUUCCCGAGCCAUGGGCAAAAUUAAUGAGCGAUCCAAAAUCAACGAUCAUUGAUUUCUAUCCCGAAGAUUUCAAGAUAGACCUGAACGGCAAGAAGUUCGCUUGGCAAGGAGUGGCUCUGCUCCCUUUCGUCGACGAGAAAAGAUUAUUCAAGGCUUUAGAAUCGUACUACGACUACUUGACAGAAGCAGAAAAAAAACGAAACGUUCGCGGCGACGACCGACUGUACGUCGGACUUGGCAAUAGUAGUUACAAUUUUAUAAAGGGACUAUACGUGAAUUGUGUUGUAUUCGACGCGGAAACUCCAAUAUCGAUCGAUGGGAUGCGCGGGACCGUUUUAUUGGCAGAAGAUUGCGUGGGCGACGGAGCUACUUUACCAUCGCCGAUAAACGGGCCACCAGUCAGGAAUAAUAAAAUUUAUUGCAUCAGAUUCAGGGAUCCAAAGUACAGCGGUAAUUUCAUCUUUCCUGCGAGAAAGUUGAAAGGCGUCAGAGAGCCGCCAAGAGUCUUGAAACCACAAGACUUUGAGCAGAUGAACCGCAACACUGGCAACGCAUGGAAGCCACAGAUUGGUUUCACUCCUUCGACCCAGACUGCAUCCUUGAGCGACGCAGGACGUAGAAUACUUGGACAUUACACAAAUCAUAACAGAGUACCACCACCGUACGGACAGGUGUCGAUGCCACAGAACGUCUACUCUGCGCAUCACGGCUACCAGAGCGCGGAUUACCAAGGAGGAUACGAGAGCGCCGGUUCGAGUCAGGUCGCCCUGCUGCCGGGACCGUGGGCAAGGGGAUACGGGGCUGGUGGACCCCACAGCAACGUCCAGCAACGUUACCAGCCACGGAACAACUACAGCACUCAGCCGUACGGGCGGAACAAUUAUCAGAAUUCACAGUACAACAACAGCUAUCAUCCGCAACGGAAUUAUUCGUCCAAUUACCAAGGGAACGGUAGCGGAAACGGAGGGAACAGGGGAGGAGGGUGGAGACGGUAGACGUAGCGAUACAUCCGCGUUCGCCAAACGUCAACGCCGGUCGUCGACUCCCACGAGAUCAGGUUUAUGGAAAUGUUAGGGUUCACCGUGGUUAGGACCAGGAGGAUUGUCUCAUCGCGAGCAAUAAAUGACCGCACUGCUCCUAUAUCCGCUUCCUUUACCUAUCCGUGUUAGGUACCCAGCGUUCGUCGUCAUAACGGAUACACGUGCAAUACAUCGACGUCACGAUCUUCCUCUUAGUUCAGAUCCUCGUUGCACAACGAGGAUCCCGACGAUCUAGAGAGGACUCGCGAACCUGGAGAUUGAACUCCGAAAGGGGAUGGUGUGCAUGAUCGGACCAGUGCUGGCAGUUAUUACUCACGAGUUUAGCGACGUAAGAGUGUAUCAAAUGUAAUUUUAUAUGAACGUCCGUGUAGACAAAGGGG